AUGCGUCAAAUCAAUGAGGAUUUAUUGUGUGAGAUUGUGUCAUUUCUUCCCUAUUUCUAUCAGCGGAAAUUUAAGAGAAUAAAUUCGGUUUGUUUCGAAAAGAUUGAAAGAAUGCAGAAACAAGUGUUAGUGGAAAGGUUUCGUAAUUCGAAAAUACCAACAGUAUAUGGUUAUUUCGGAACUGAUUUAGUUAAAAAGGAGGUAGAAUUUGAUGACUUUAAACUUGUGGAAAAGGAGGAUUGGAUCAAGUUUCGAACAAAUUCGUAUUUGGAAAAUUCGAAAUCUGCUAUUGAAAUGUUGAAAAGAUUUUAUUAUCUUGAUAAUUUGGAAUGGUUAGUCAUUGAAACUAAUCAUGCAAAGUUGAAUACUAAAGCAGAAAUAAUUUCGGAUAAUUAUAUUCGAAAAUUAACAAUUUCAAAAUUGACUCAGAAAUACUGCAUCACUCUGUCUCUGAUUGGAUUGCACAGAUUACAAGAACCUUUGAAUAAUUAUGCAGAAAAUUUGAAAUCUAUUGGAAUCUCACAAAUUCAUCUCUUGUUUUGUUCGAAAAAUCUUCAAAUUCAAGUUCCGUAUCAUUUAGUUUUGAAUUCCAUUUACAAUAAUCAAGUUUUGGUAAAGAGAACAGAUAAUUGCUUUAGUUAUACGUAUGAUUCUAUGUGUGGAUUGUUGUAUCCGAAAAAGAGAAAGAUUAAUUCUAUUAGAAAGGCCAAUAAUUAUUUAAUGAACUGCUCACUAACAUUGGGAGUUGAUUUAUCUUGGAUUAAAAGAGGAGAUCUAUUCCAUUAUGCAAUAUUCGAUCCUAAGAAUAACAAUUUUCCAAAUUGGGAAAGAAUCGAAUUAUUAUUUGGAAAUUAUUUCAUUCCAAUGAAUGAAAAAUUGCAAAUUCCAUCAAAUGUUUUAACUCUUAUUGGAAAUGAAAAGAAAAAGAUGAAUAUUUUACAAUUUAUAUUUUGGAAUAUUUUGAAAAUUGCAAAAAGAUUUGGACUUGCUGAUGCAACAUGGCAUCAAGUUAAUUAUACGAAUCAAUUGGAGAUUUUUGAGAAAAAUUCCAUAGUUGUGGAGUAUAAGAAUCGAAUUGGUACUUUAUUGAGCCAUGUUGAUGAAAGAAUGUUUAGAAGAUUGCAAAAAGGAGAAUUUUCUUUCGUGAAAAUGGUAAAAGAUUUUGAUAUUUUCAAUGAGCUGAAUGUCAAACAAACAUCUCAAAAGAAAUCCAAUUUCAAACCGUUUAAAUGGUAUGAUUUUGUGAUUAGGUCAAUUGGAACAAAAUCUCAAAAUCCCACCCUAGUUGAAAGGGAAAUAGUAAGUGAGGAGCGUACCAUUUCUUCUUUGCAAUACCUAUUCAUGAUUGAAAUCUCAUAA